AUGGCGAGUUGGCUUGUCGCAAACAAGCAGGAUGAGAGAUAUCUUAUCCAAGUGUCGUGGCCACUGGAGUGGGAAUCGACCGGGGAUCAGCCAAUCGUGAACAAAGCCAAUGCAAUAUAUAUAGCGGAUGGAAAUGCUAUGAUGCUUUCAGCAACGGACAUUGUGCGGCGGCGGCGAAUGCGUAAACCGGAGGAAACCUCGACAAUCAUCAUUGGAAUUUCCUACCCAUUGACCCGGUCUGUUUACAGCCCUCGUCGAAGCUAUGACCUAACUCCCCCUUGCGAUAAAUAUGACUCUCCAAAAAGCCCGGAUGGGAGGCCCAACCCUCAGAAGUUUGGGGGUGCAGAUGCUUUCCUUCAUUUCAUUUCAAACACUGUUCACCAUUUUUUAUUCUCAUCAGUGUUUCCUCACAUAUCAGUCUGCCAGACUGCUCUGUUCGGGCACUCAUUUGGGGCUCUUUUCGCCCUCCAUGCGCUCUAUACAGCCCCCACAAGCUUCGACGCUUAUCUUGCUGCAAGCCCGUCAAUUUGGUGGAACGAUGGAUUCUUAUUGCAGGAAGAAGAGCAAUUCUACAACAGAUCAAAAUCACAUCACCAGCCCCGAGUUUGGAUGGCCUACGGCUCACUUGAGCAGUCUCCCACGCAUCAGAAAAAUCAGUCAUUGGAGGAAUAUGAAAAACGGUUGGCAAUAGCCAAGGAACGCCUAAUGGGGGAUAAUUGCGACCAGAUGUUUGUUCGUCUUCUGCAAAGUGGACGGGUACGGUCAGUUGUACGAAGAAAGUACGAAGAUGAAGACCAUGGCAGCAUCGUUGCUGGGGCACUGAGUGGAGCUAUCGGCUACUUUCUUGAUCAAGGAGAUGAAGAUUGA